AUGACGAACCUUGGGGAGACUUUUACCACUAUGACUCACCGCGAUUUUAUAUGGCCAUAUCCAAAACCGCUGAUGGCGAAGCCUGUUCAACCCCCGAUGAGGACAGGAAUUCGACUUUAUAUGCCAAAAGUUGAUCCAAACGAUUGCAGAUGCGAUGCCCACGGAUUCCAGAGUGACAUGAACAGGUAUAAACAACUAGCCGAUAAAGAACGCAGACUCCACGAUGACGUGAUAAAAGUAAACGGAGAGAUGACAGAUUUGAUGGCAACUAUAUUGGAAAACGUGUGUGAAACGGGCGACGAGACCAUGAAGAGCGUUUACCAAACGGAUUUCGAAAAACGGGGACUCCCCAUCGGACGAUACAGACAAUUAAUGGCAGCCGUUGAUUCUCCGAUUGGAGCACCUAUCAAUCCAGUUGUCACAGAUCUGAGAGACGGAUAUCGUGAUCCCACCAGGUUCAGAUACAGUGCUAUAAACAGACCAACGAUUCAUCCGGCGAAAACAAUAAAUUUUCUAACUGUCCCUGAAACUUUUGAAAUGUGGGGCGAGCCUUUCACCGGUCGUUCGGAAUACAUGGAUAAUUUCAGUAAAAUGGGAUUGAGCAAUAUGAAAAAUCGUCAACAGUACAUGGAGCCUAUACCGUCGUCUAGAAGAAGAUUCGGAGAUUGUAAAUUAUAGGAUUACGAUAAUUGCAUGACAAAUGAUCGUUAAAAAUAGUAAAACUCCAAUUUUUUCAUCUCCAAUAAAAUAAUCAUCUCCUUA